ACAAUUCAGGAAGUAGCCUUACUUUUGUUUCCGGAAUGAAUUUCUGUGUGUAGUCUACCGUCUACAUUGUGAACUUUGAAUUCUCAAAACGUUGACUGAAUACUGCAAUUUACUAUAACAUAAUUGUUUAACAUUUACAUAGUUCCAAGGACAUGUGUGAUAGCGUCGCCUUUCAUGCUCAGCUAGCUUCAAUAAUUGAGGUUUUGGCGAAUGCAGCCGUUGCCGAAAUCUGUAAACUUGUAGAUGACGGCCAUGCUGCCUUACGUUUGGAAAUCUCCCAUAGCCAGAAAGAAAUCGAUAACCUGCGGAGGAAGCUGCUUUUGACAAAAUUCCAGAGUUCUCAACGUGGCACAGAGAAAUUCGGAGCCCUGCGACGCACAGUUCACAGGCGCGAAACCGAUCUUGUUGCCCGAGCAAGAGCGAGCUUCGUUGGAAAGUCAAUAGGCAGACAUGGAUAUUUGGAGAAUCGUUUUUCCUACAGCGAAGGGGACAACUUUACAAAGGAUGUCACGAACUGGAAAGACGCAAGUCGCACCGCGACAGGCCAGGAUGGAGGCAUGCAGGUGGCAGAUACGCAAGAGUCACCUCUUAUCAAAAUGGAGAACCUUGGUACCAGCAGAACAGAAGAGAUUGUCCAACUGGUCAGUGAGAGCAGUGAGAAGUUCAUUGCGGCUGAACCAGGUUCUUCAUCAUCUACUGAAACCACAGACCUUCUGAACCAGCAGGGCAACCGAGACAGAGCUCCAGACACCUCACUCGAUAUAGAACCUGAAAACCAGACCUUCCAGCAUCCAGCGUCACAAUACAACAGAGCAAGACAGGACCAUCAGGUUGCUGAGGGUGUGACCUGGGAAACUGACCAUCAACCCAUAGAAUACAGCCUGUCCCAAUGGACAGAGAACCAAGAGACUGACAACCGAACUGUGAAUGCUCCUCACAAUUCCGGGUCAGACUCCAAAAGGCUGCCUGGACAUCCAGAGAGGAGAGGGGUGUCUGGUAACUCUGGGGUCUGCAUGUCUGCUUUGGACUCUCUGGACUGGGUGUCUGAUGUGGUGCUGGUGGACUCAGUUCCCAUUAAAGUGGAGGCAGAUAUGAGUUCAGAAUGGAGCAUAACUGGCCAAGAGGUGACAUCUGGAGAGGUCUGUUCAGACGGCAGGCAGCUUGUGGACAACAGAGGAAGAGGGGGAAUGGAGUCUGGACAGACAAAGUGUCCCACCGACACUGAAAACACAGAGCAAGAAUCCCCAGAGGUACUAUGGUCUGGGGAAACACAAUCUCUUGGAGCUUCCUCUGGAGUCGCUGGUGUGGAUCUUCUGGGAUAUGCUGCAUGUGGACGGGAAGAGAGACUACUGGAACCUGUCUCUGGUCACAGCGGAACCUUCCGUACCAUCCUGAGAAAGCUGUCAUCAAGGCAAAGAGUGUCUCCUUUGAAGAAUAUAAAAUAUAUUUUCAUUUGUUUAACACUUUUUUUCAGUUAAUACAUGAUUACAUAUGUUAAUUCAUAGUGUUGAUGUCUUCACUAUUAUUCUACAAUGUAGAAAAUAGUAAAAAGAAAAACCCUUGAAUGAGUAGGUGUGUCUAAACUUUUGACUGGUACUGUAUAUGCUUUUUAAAACUAUAACCGAUAAAAUGUUUCAUAAAUGAACAUGGGUUUGGAUGAGAACCAUAGGAAUACAGAGGUAGGUAUUCAAAAUGGUCUGGCACCUUGGCCAAUUAAGCUACAAGGCCGAACUUUAAAACAUUCAGCUCAUCCUAACUUAAAAUUCUUUAAAACUGAAAGACUAUAACUAUAUAUUUGCAUAAAAUACUCUGCAAAAGUAACUAUUCAACUGUUCAAGUUAGAGACACCAAACCAAUUUUCACAUGUUCAGGCCAUCCUAACUAAAAAAAUAUUUAAAACAUUUAUAAACUAUAACUACAAAUGUGCAUAAAUUAGCAUAUCCAUAAAAUGGUACAGCUGUUGUCGGAGUUUAGAGUGACGAAAAGUAGCUAGUUAACGUCAGCUAACGGAUUUCUUGUCUCGUCAAUGAGCAGCCCAAAUGUAGCCGUUGCUAUGUGUACACACGCAGAGGAGCGCAUGGGGCAGUGCAGGAAGCAAGGGACAGACCGAGAUUAGCUAUUGAUACUAAUUGAGGAAGUUACUGUGUUUCUAAUUAUGUGUUGAGAAAUCGGGCUUCGGUAGGGCAUGAGCGUCACCAGCAUGGGUAGGGCUCGGCCUAAAAUGUCAUGCCUCUGCUUUUCUUUUCAUUCAAAUAGUUAAAAUACCACUAAAAUACUUUUAAAGAGCUGUCAUCACUAGAUGUAUCAUCAUAUUUCCCUCCCCAAAUAAUAGCCUAAAUGUUUCUAAUUCAUUAUGAGUUCCUCCCUUCCACCACAACAGCAAGUCUUCACAUUCAGAAAGCAUUUUCUAUCUCACUUUGAACAACCGACCUAUGAAGACUGUACUGUUUGAUCAUUACAUCCUCCUUAAACUAAAAUCAAACUUCAUUGACAUUUUUACAAAAUGCAUCUAUUUAUCUGAAACCCCCAGCAUGGAUUGAAUUGCUUUGCUUUCCUACGAGUGUUGUCUACAUGAUCCUGCCUUUUAUUACCAUCGUCUGACAGAUCUUUGUCCUAUCUCUUCUUUCAGUUUUCACACUCAACUGUAGUUUAGACAUUGUGAUCUUACUGCCCCACAAUCCAAAGCAAUACGGUUGAUAUAGUAGUCUGUCAAAGUAAUCAGACCAAUUGUUUUACUAAAUAUAACUUUGACUACAGUGCAUUCAGAAAAUAUUCAGACCCCUUCCCUUUUCCACAUUUUGUUACACUACAGCCUUAUUCUAAAAUGUAUUAAAUUAUAAUUUUUUCAAUCUGCACAUUACACUAUAAUGACAAAGUGAAAACAGGAUUUAAGAAAUGUUUGCAAAUGUAUUAAAAAUAAAAAAAAUCAGAUACCUUAUUUACAUAAGUAAUCAGACCCUUUGCUAUGAGACUAGAAAUUGAGCACAGUUGCAUCCUGUUUCCAUAGAUCCUCGAGAUGUUUCUACAACUUGAUUGUAGUCCACCUGUGGUAAAUUCAAUUGAUUGGACAUGAUUUGGAAAGGCACACACCUGUCUAUGAGGUCCCACAGUUGACAGUGCAUGUCAGAGCAAAAACCAAGCCAUGAGGUUGAAGGAAUUGUGUUGAGGCACAGAUCUGGGGAAAGGUGCCAAAAAAUGUCUGCAGCACUGAAUGUCCCCAAGAACAGAGGCCUCCAUCAUACUUAAAUUGAAAUAGUUUAGAACCACCAAGACUCUUCUUCUUGGUCGCCCGGCCAAAGUGAGCAAUCGGGGGAGAAAGGCCAGGGAGGUGACCAAGAGCCCGAUGGUCACUCUAACAGAGCUCUAGAGUUCCUGUGUGGAGAUGGGAGUACCUUCCAGAAGGACAACCAUCACUGCAGCACUCCACCAAUCAGGCCUUUAGGGUACAGUGGACAGACAUAAGCCACUUCUCAGUAAAAUGCACAUGACAGCCCGCUUGGAGUUUACCAAAAGGCACCUAAAGGACUCUGACCACGAGAAACAAGAUUCUCUGGUCUGAUGAAACCAAGAUUGAACUCUUUGACCUACAAGCCAAGUGUCACGUCUGGAGGAAACCUGCAACCAUCCCUACGGUGAAGCAUGGUGGUGGCAGCAUCAUGCUGUGGGGAAGUUUUUCAGUGGCAGGGACUGGGAGACUAGGCAGGAUCGAGGGAAAGCUGAAUGGAGCAAAGUACAGAGAGGUCCUUGAUGAAAACCGGCUCCAGAGCACUCAGGACCUAUGACUGGGGCGAAGGUUCACCUUCCAACAGGACAUUGACUAAGCACAUAGCCAAGACAACGCAGGAGUGGCUAUGGGACAAGUCUCUGAAUGUCCUUGAGUGGCCCAAGCAAGAGCCCGGACUUGAACCCGAUCGAUCUCUGAAGAGACUUGAAAAUAGCUGUGCAGUGACGCUCCCCAUCCAACCUGACAGAGCUUGAGAGGAUCUGCAGAGAAGAUCGGGAGAAACUCCCCAAAUACAGGUGUGCCAAGCUUGUAGCGAGAAGACUCGAGGCUAUAAUCACUGCCAUAGGUGCUUCAAUAAAGUACUGAGUGAUGGUCUGAAUACUUAUGUAAAUGUCAUAUUUCAGUUGUAUUCAUAAUUUUUUUUGCAACAUUUUCUAAAAACCUGUUUUUUUCUUGGUCAUUAUGGGGUACUGUGUGUAGAUUGAGGGGGGGGGGGGACUAAAAUGGGGGACCAUUUUAGGAUAAGGCUGUAACGUAACAACAUGUGAUAAAAGUCAAGGGGUUUGAAUACUUUCCGAAUGCACUAUUUAAAGUAAAUGCUUUGCUUUAAAUAGUAAAGUAAAACUGGUUCAACUUCUUCCACUUUAAGGACCUAAAGGAAGCCCCAUAGCUUUACUUAAUGUAAAGUUACCAUCUAGUUAGCAAGUUCUUUAUACAGUUUUGUCAUUUAUAAUAAAAAUGAUAUAUUCAGA